AUGAGUGAUUUUAGACACAUUUCUGGACAUGAGAAUAUUGGUGCAGAUACGUUGUCACGCGUUGAAGCCAUUUCGACGCCGUUGACCACGCAUGAGCUGGUAAGCGCUCAGAAGAACGAUCCUGAACUUCAAGAUCUUCUUAACAACGUAGCAAUGUCACUACAGUGGCAACAAAUUGUUUUCAACGACAGUCCGGUCGCAGUUCAUUGUGAUGUUUCAUUAGAAGCCGUGGCACUUAAAAAUGGAGACACAGAUACUGUCGCUCUUGCUUUGUUUAGAGAAUGGAUUUUAAGAUACGGUGUACUGAGCAGAAUAACGUCCGAUCAAGGAGGCCAAUUCAAAUCUUUAUUGUUCCAAUCUCUCAACAAAUUGUUUGAUAUAAUACAUUUAUUAACGACGCCGUAUUAUCCUCAAUCCAAUGGACCGGUGGAAUACCUACAUCGGCAACUCAAGGCCGCACUGUUGUAUCACGACGACAAUUGGUAUGAUGCGCUACCCGUUGUCAUACUUGGUUUACAAGCAGCCUGGAAAGAGGAGAUACAAGCUACCCCAGCAAAGCUUGUAUACGGCAAGCCAAUUCGUCUCCCAGGUGAACUACUAGUUCCAUCAAAAAAGUACGCAAAUGCUGAAUGCGUUUUACGUGAAUCAAAAUCAUAUUUUAAUAACUUGGUGCCGGCCGAGACCUUGCGUCAUGGAGAGUGUUCUGUUUUCUGA